GGCAGCAGGCAAACAACGGAACUGAGUUCAGUCGUCAACGCUAGCGCGCCUGCCAAAAAGAGAUUGAAAUUUCGCUGUCCUACGCUGCGCCUUCAGUCUCAGCUGCUCUUAUGUGCUCUCUCAUACGCUCUCAUGCGCGCUCUCGUUCUGGCUGCUGCCUUGUCCGGUUCGGGUUCAGGUUCAGCACACACGGCGUAUACGUAAACCCAACCCCAUAUGUAUAUAAAGUGCAAACAGCAGCGAUGCUAAAGCAUUCAUUGUUUGCACUAGGGAAGAGCUGAAGCUCUCUGAAGCAACUUAAGCAAUUCGAUCAAAAAACCAGCCGAAAGGAUAAACAUUUUUAUAAACAUUUUUCUUCAAAUCAAAUCGCAUUUGGUGUUUUUGCCCUUUGCAAUCAUGUGUGUCUGACUGUAUAAUAAAUUACCAUUAUUUGCAACUGUCAAAAGGUGCAAAAGUGUAUGUGCGCAAAAUCGAAAGAAAAAUAAAUAAUAAUAAAAAAUAAAAACAAAACAAAAGCCACAACAAUAAAUAUAAAUACGCUGGCAAAUAAACAUAUGCCAAACAACAGAAAAUACCUUAGAAACGCGCGCGCCAAAAAGCAAAAACAAUAUUGUUAAAAAAAAUAAAAUACAUAUAUUAUAUAUAGUAAAUAUAUGUAUGUAUAUAUGAUAGCGAUUUUCCUAUACGUUUUUUAAUAACAUUUUCUCACGCCUCAGACAAAAGUCAAUAAAAAAAAAAAAUAAAUAAAAUAAUAAUAAAGAAAUGGAGGUAGAAAAAAUGCGCGAGCAGCCAUCGCUGCAAAGCAAAUGCCGCAUCCUUGACUCCAGAUGUGCGCUGAACGAUUUAUAUCCGAUCACCCGUUUGACACAGAAAUUGGACGUGCUUAAUAUGUCGUCGUCGUCGUCAAAAAUUGAUAAGGAAUGCCCCUAUACUAUAGAGCUGGUCCAGCCAGAAGACACAGAGGCAGUCCUUGCCAUGUUAAAGACUUUUUUCUUUAAGGACGAGCCACUCAAUACAUAUCUAGAUCUUGGCGAGUGCAAAGAACUAGAAGAGUACUCAAUGAAACCUAUCAAGGAUAAUUGCUCAUAUAAGGCAGUCAACAAUAAGGGCGAAAUUAUCGGUGUCUAUAUCAAUGGUCUAAUCAAAAGGCCUUCCCCCACAGAUACCGUUAAGAAGUCAACCUGUUCACAUCCGAAAUUCCAAAAGAUACUCAAUCUAAUGGAUCAUGUAGAGGAGACUUUUAAGAUCUUUGAUCUGUAUCCGAAUGAGGAUGUCAUCCUGGAUGGCAAAAUUCUCUCUGUGGACAGCAACUACCGGGGUCUGGGCAUUGCGGGCCGCCUCACCGAACGCGCCUAUGAGUAUAUGCGCUCCAAUAAGAUAUCCGUUUAUCACGUGAUUUGCUCCAGUCAAUACUCGGCCCGUGUCAUGGAGAAACUCGGCUUCCAUGAGGUCUACAAACUGAACUAUGCCGACUACAAAGUAGAUGGUGAAACAGUCUUUAAGCCAGCCCAGCCACAUGUGGCUAUCCGAGUACUGGUCAAGGAGGUGGACAAGAGCAAGUCGACCUUGUAAUUGGCUUCUACUAGUUGCGAGAGCAAUUUUGCAUUUUUAAUCAAAAAUAUGUGAUUUUUAUUUAGUUUGUGUUUUCGGUGGUGGGCUUUCAAGAAUCGUGAAUUCAUUUCAUUAAAUAUUCUGUAACCUAGUAGAGAAAUAUGCUAAGUACAAUUUUUAGAAAAAUAAAUAUAUAUAUAAAUUUAAA